UUUCAUUUUUGCAAGUCGUGGGCGUUUUCUCGUGGGUUUGGUGGUGUGGCUCCUUCAGUAUCAAGGACCGACAACAACAACAGCAACAGGAAGCAGCACUACUACUCACCAAGAACUUACUCCUCCUCCCGCCCGCCGCUGCCACCACCCCGAGCAGCACGCCCGUCGACGCCCGCCCCACCGACCGCCUCGACGACCCCACCAAGCUAAAUGUGCUACGCGCAUAUGUCCAUCAAGCCCCUCCCGCUCUCCAACGAUGGCAUGACCAGUGCAACGAACAAUCCGAUCGCGAUCGCCAUGGAGCGCCACCGCGCGCAGCUCGCAAACGACCUCAAGAAGCGCGAAAUGAUGAAGAAGGUGCUCUCGGUCCGUAAGGGCCUAGUCCAUGUUCAGGACUGCACCUCGUCCGACUGCGACAAGGCGCUCUGCAAGUCCACGAAGCGCCUCAUUGCGCAGUACCGCGGCCACGGCUGCAUCAACCACGUUAGCGAUAGUACCACCACCACCACCACUAGUAACUUAGGACCCGGGAAGGCCAAGUGCCAGGUCUGCUCGCUGUGGGCCCUCGUCGCGGGCUCCACGGCGUUGGCCGCCCAUUAAUUUAAGCUGAUCAAAUAGCGCAUCGUAUAAGUAGAAGAAGACCAUGAACGAAAUGAACGAAACCAAAUUUUUUGCCAC